GGGCGGAAUUCGAGAACAUGGAGAAAUUAAGGGGAUGGGAGGGAUUCGGCUCGGAGCGGGCUACAUGAGCCUUGCCAAGCAAUCUCUUCUCCAGAUCUUUUUAGGACAUGGUACAGUACAUCACAGCUUAUUACAAGAGAUAGGGCGGACAGGAGUUACAUGAACCUCCAGGGUUCCUAAGUUGUAGUAAUAUUCAAUACAUGAACGCAAGUUCAUAUGAGAAGGGCGCCCGCAUAUGAUAAAUGACACACCGACAAGCGAAGAAAAAAAGAAAGUGAUAAAAAAAUUUUCGUCUUUGCCAUUACUUCAUCUAAAUAAUGAUUAAUAGAAACACAUAUGUCCUCACCGCUAAAUAAAAGGCGAUAAAUCGUAAGAAUAACUAAAUAGUCAAAUACAUAAAAUAUGAGUCAAAUAAAAAAAAGCCGCCCCCACAAAACUUAUCAAAGACUCCGAUGGGUCUCGUCCUUAUCCUAGCUACAGUGCUAGGGAAUUAUUUUGCUUGUAACAAAUGGAUACGAAAGCUUUGUUUCCUAGCGGGAUGGCGGGAUGACAAGCAGCAAAGGGGAAGCACGGCAGCGGUGCGUCAGCCAUCAGCCCUGCGAGACCAAGAGAACCUUGGAAGAAGAAGAAAUUUAUUACCGGACGUCCCCGAAGAUGUUGUGGACCAAUCCUGUUGUAGCGCUGAAGAGGCGGUGGGAGGAGAAGGCAUCAUCUCCUUAUGCAACCUGCCAACGGUAGAUGCGUAGCUCCAAUGACAACAACGGUUUAAACGGAAGUUAAAGUGAAGAAGGUAAGCAAUAACGUAGCCUCUUUUGCACCUUUUUGUUGUCAUUUCCUACCUAGGCAA